CUCCCGGGGAUUUUGUAUUUUGUUUAACUUCCCUCCGGACUCCCUCUUCAUCUCUCGCCUUCUUUCCCUCUCUGUUCGUGCAUCCAAGUCCUGUCUGUGUCUCCCUCGUGCGCCCCGCACCUCGCAUCCCGGCUCGCUCCGAUUCCGCGACUCCUUGGCCACCGCUGCGCAUGGAGAGCUCUGCCAAGAUGGAGAGCGGCGGCGCCGGCCAGCAGCCCCAGCCGCAGCCCCAGCAGCCGUUCCUGCCGCCCGCAGCCUGCUUCUUCGCCACCGCGGCAGCGGCGGCGGCGGCGGCGGCGGCAGCGGCGGCGCAGAGCGCGCAGGAGCAGCCGCAGCAGGCGCCGCCGCUGAGCCCGGCGGCCGACGGCCAGCCCUCAGGGGGCGGUCACAAGUCAGCGCCCAAGCAAGUCAAGAGACAGCGCUCGUCCUCGCCCGAACUGAUGCGCUGCAAACGCCGGCUCAACUUCAGCGGCUUCGGCUACAGCCUGCCGCAGCAGCAGCCGGCCGCCGUGGCGCGCCGCAACGAGCGCGAGCGCAACCGCGUCAAGCUGGUUAACCUGGGCUUUGCUACCCUUCGUGAGCACGUCCCCAACGGCGCGGCCAACAAGAAGAUGAGCAAGGUGGAGACGCUGCGCUCCGCGGUCGAGUACAUCCGCGCGCUGCAGCAGCUGCUGGACGAGCACGACGCGGUGAGCGCUGCCUUCCAGGCUGGCGUCCUGUCGCCCACCAUCUCCCCCAGCUACUCCAACGACAUGAACUCCAUGGCUGGCUCGCCGGUCUCAUCCUACUCGUCGGACGAGGGCUCUUACGACCCGCUCAGCCCCGAGGAGCAAGAGCUGCUCGACUUCACCAACUGGUUCUGAGGGGCUCGGCCUGCUCAGGCCCUGGCGCGAAUGGACUUUGGAAGCAGGGCGGCCGCACAACCUGCAUCUUUAGUGCUUUCUCGUCAGCGAUGUUGGAAGGAAGAGAAAAGAAAAAAAAAAGAAGAAGAGAAAAAGGAAGAAGAAGAAGAAAAUAAAACCCCAGGCACCCAACCCCAACGCCAACUAAGGGACACACGCCUGAGAAGCAAGGCUCUUAGAAAACAGGGAUGCGCUCCAAACAGUAUCUUUGCACUCCAAUCAUUCACGGAGAUCUGAAGAGUGACUAGGACCUGAGUCCAUGCGCAAAAUGCAGCUCGUGUGCAAAAGCACUGGGCUCCUGGCAGAAGGGAGCAGCACACGCCGUAUAGAAACUCCCACCCACCACUAACAGGCAGAACUGAAAGCGCUUGCUCGGGGGCCUUCACCUCCCCGCCCUCUCUGAAAGCGCAGUUCUUAGCCCUCUAGAAAUGGGUAGGUGUCCUUCGUCUCAGUAUCUCCCAUCCCAAUAAGCUGUGGACAUUCGUCUGCAGUGAAAUGAUGCUAUACUCAGUCCUUUGAAACCCCAUCCUUUGGGGCCCCCUCCCCAAGCCCCACUUCCUCACACCAUCUUUUCUACGUUUUCAUCAUAGAAUGCUUCCAAUCUUUUGUGAAUUUUUUUAUUAUAAGAAAAAUCUAUUUGUAUCUAUCCUAACCAGUUUGGGGAUAUAUUAAGAUAUUUUUGUACAUAAGAGAGAAAGAGAGAAAAAAUUU